GUCAUAAUAUAAAUAGAUAGAGGACUAUUAAUAGGUGUAUAUGAUACUACAUAUUUUAUACAUAUAUGUAUAUAGCAUAAUUUGUUUACAAGUAGACAGUUGGUGUGGUGACAACUGGUGCCAACAUGGAUGUCAAGGUGAUUGUUCAGCAACUGCAUAAUCUAGCAGCAGAUCCGAAAAACCGAGUCACAAUUGUCAAGGACCAAGGAUGUCUGCCCGGUUUGUCACUGUUUCUGGCGAACAAAGAUUCAGCGAUAGUCACCCUCGCCUUGAAAACGCUGCAACUAUUAGCUGAAGAACCGAAGAAUCAGCUCAUUAUGUACAAAGACCCCGGAGUGGUGCAGGGUAUACAGAAGGUGCUCAAGAACCCUAACUGCACACCUGAGGAGAGGAAAGUGGCCUUGGCAACAUUCAAAUUAAUACAACCGAAAGGGGAAACGCAGAUCAAAGGAAACCAGGCGACAGAGCCCAUCCGACCCACACCAUCAGAUCCAACACAAAAGGCUAAUACGAAUGGAGAGUCAUCUUCUGCUGCCGCCGCACCAACUCGAACAGGCGCAGGACGGGGUGCGCACUCAUUCUUUAAAGUUUCGAGUAAACGCGCAAAGACAGUUACUUUUCAAGUCCGAGGCACCAGCGAUCCCAAGCAAAAGCAGUCAGUCGAGGAUGCUCUCGUAAAGGUCAGGGGGCUGGUUAGUUUCACUUUUAAUUUAGAACAAGAAUACUUUGUUGUGCGAGUAGCCGAAACCUUAGAAACGCGGAAGUUGGUGGAUGCCAUUUUAAGCACAGACCUAACGCCAAGGUUGGUGGUCAAGAACGAGAAUGGCGAGGAGGAGAUUAAGGACUUUGAAGCGAGCAAGGCAGAAGACGACGAUGGCUACCUUGAUGAAGAUCACGUAGAAACUACGCAUGAGAAAGAAUUCUCUAGCAAAACACUCGCGCGCCUGGAAGAGCGAAAGAACAACAAGCAGGGCGGUUGGUUCGGAGGAGUCGGCAACUACAUAGCAAAGAGUCUCUACUGGUAGAAAUAUCGCAGCGUAUCCGAGAUCUUUCGUUGUCUGCUGCACACAUACCCACAUACCACUAUUAGAGCGCACGUGCACGUUUAGAAGGGCCAGUUUUCGAACCAUCAUUUCCGUAUUUUUCUUCGGUAGAUUGUUUCGAGUUCUGAAAUGUGGCUGGUGGUAAGGGUAUCAACUAGUCCGGCGGAAAGCACGUACCUGGGAAUCCCGACUCCGUGAAUCAAGGUGUUUGCGAAACGCUAGCCCCGUAUCACGUGAUCUGCUGUCAACUUGGAUUCGCGUUCUGGUUUGAGAAGUAGGGCUGGGCAAGUUGAAAUGUAUGAUCGUAGUUUGUGACGUGCACGUUUACGCCAAUAUUUAGAUAGUACGUACUGAUAGUUUAUCCAGGCUGGUAUUGGAGCAUCUGUGAACUUUGUUGUAGGGAGUUAUUAUUUGUUUCAAUCCCUAGGAAAUCGGGCCCACAUUUGCAAGGGUCUCCAAGUGUGAAUUUUCGCCUCACUGACAUUGGGACACUUGGUUAGAAUACAUGCGCGCAUCUAUAUUCUAGCCAGGUCUACUGUGUAUGCUCGCCUUGCGGAGUGCUUCACGCUUCUCGCAGCGGCAUUGGAUUCCGCGUCUAUGCAUCACGGGUGGAUCUCAUACGCGCAUCCACACGUUUAGAUUCCGUCCCACCGAAUAGUGUGCAUUUGCUUUGGAAGGACACGCGCAGGAGGCAAUUAUAAUCACUGUAUAUACUAGCACAUACUGCGAGUCAUCAGAUAUAGAGUUAGAGGUCUGUAGUCGUGGGUAACGAAGACAGCCUUAAUGAUCUUGUUAACAAGAAAUCAUGGCAAUACGUAAACUAGAGGCGGCGAAUCUGAGUGGUUGCAUCCCAGGUCCUUGUUAAUAAAAUAUAAACUAGUAUCAAAC